AACUGGGGGCGCUGCUUCCCCCUUCGCUACCAUGGCGGAAAGAGGUAAACAUUCCACACUGCAGGCCGCCAGCAGCUAACGGUCGGGUUUAGAUAGACCGGAGAGGAGAACCGGGACACGGGGUUCCGUCUCGUUUCGGGCGCCUCGGACCAGCCGCUUCAAUGUUUGUACAGUGGUUGCUGCCUGUGCUCUGGGCUCUGUCCGCAGAGGCCGACUUCUUCCAGUUCGACAGCAUUUCCAAUGUUUCCACUUACUAUUUUAAUUACAUUUAUUGCAAUAUAUGGGAAGGGGAGUGUCAACCCAACCAAGACGAUGCUACACAGCAAGUUCCUACCAGGGACCUUUGGGCAGGUUUUCCUCAGGACUACAUCAGCCUGCUGCAUCAGUGGUACUGUAGCGUGGGCCAGUGCUGUGACUCUGGAGACUGCAGGAUAACCAACAACAUCACAGGCCUGGCGUGGGACCUUCAGACAAAGCUCCACGGGCAGCACCUGGCUCAGUCUGUGGUUCUGAAAGCCAUCCAGGGUUUCAUCAACAACCCAGAAUCCAACAAGCCGCUGACACUCUCCUUCCACGGCUGGUCAGGCACCGGCAAGAACUUUGUGGCCCGGAUAAUCGCUGAUAACCUGUAUCGUGAUGGGGUGAAGAGUGAGUGUGUCAGACUGUUCAUCGCCCCGUUCCACUUCCCACACGCCAGACUGGUGGACACGUACAAGGGCCAGCUGAGAGAGGCGAUCCGGGACAUGGUGUUGCGCUGCCCUCAGACUCUGUUCAUCUUCGACGAGGCUGAGAAGCUUCACCCCGGCCUCAUCGAUGCCAUCAAACCCUACAUGGAUCACUAUGACAACGUAGAUGGCGUAAGCUACCGCACAGCCAUCUUCCUCUUCCUCAGUAAUAUUGGUGGAGCAACGAUCAAUGAUGUAGCGCUGGACUUCUGGCACUCCGGUCAAAAUCGAGAGGACAUCGGUAUGGAAGACCUGGAGCAUCGUCUGCGAGCUGAAACAAUAGAGUCUCAUGGUGGGUUUGCUCAGAGUGAGCUGAUGUCUGGCCACUUGAUUGACUUCUUUGUGCCAUUUCUGCCUCUGGAGUACCGCCAUGUCAAGCUCUGUGCACGGGACGCCUAUGCAGCACGAGGUCUGGAGACAGACGAAGCUACGCUGGAUGAAGUGGCCAAGGCGAUGCUGUAUGUCCCUAAAGAGGAGAGAUUGUUCUCAGCCCAGGGAUGCAAGUCCAUACCCCAGCGGAUCAACUUCUUUCUCCCCUAGAAGGAGAGACAGAGAGAGACCGGGAGGAGGUGUGAGAUUGCUUUACCAGCCCAUCUGCAUACAGAGCCACAGAGGCAAUGUCUGCUCUGCUCUACAUACUCUCCCUCCACAGAUACAAAACGUGUCUGUCCAGGUCCCUCGGUGAAGGCCAGACUGCCGGGCUGAUCCAGUAUUGGAGGGGAAAGCAGUGCAACCCACCAUGCUGACUAGAGCAGUGCCAGACAGUUAUCAUGUGCAGUGUGGCUGCUCUUCUUCACCUGCCAGGUUUGAAUCCUCACAGUAUCAAGAGGGAGGAUUAGAGAGUGGCUGUGCAGUGUAUGUCAUAGAGAGAUACUAAUACAUUCUUACUGUCACUGUUUGUCUGUUCCCUUUUGCCAAAGUUUUAGUUGCACUGUUUUUAAAGUUUGGGUAAAUUCAUACAUGUGUUUGCAUGUCAGACUUUAUGCUGCACUGAUUAUUUAUUGACAUUGACAUUUAUUUAUUUGUGCCAUAGUUGAGCAUCUUACUAUAUCAGAUUAUUUUUGUGGAGUUGUUUGAAUAUGAAUUUGUUUGCACUGUAAGGUAUUAGUAAAUAAUAAAUGCAACUGUAGUGUGAAAAGAAUGGUGUGUGUAACAGCUAAUGCACAUGGUACUGCAAAUGUUACUUGAAAUUGUUACUGGAUUUGUGUCAGUACAUGUGUCAGAAGCAACAAAUCUAUUUGAAAGUUUGAUUUUUGUGUGUAAAUAUGUUUAAUAACAGUGCUUUUACUUUUAUUUUUUAUUCUAAUUAAUUUUAUUGUUUCACAUGAACCUAAUACAUGUCUUAAUGUCGUCAUCAUUCAUACAUAAUAUACAACUGUUAAUUUGAGGCGUA